AUGGAGAAGAUGAAGCGCGAGGUGGAAGGCCAGCGCCCACUGCAGUCACAGCCGCCCCAGAGGAUUGGUGGACCAUCUGGGUCCAGGCCCAGACAUGAGGAGAGGAGGAGGCCAUAUGAUAGACCGCACCAUCAGUCUCAGGGGGAGGGUUACCGCAGGUGCAACAACUGUGGCAAGGAAGGCCACUUUGGGAGAGAUUGCCCCAACCUUUCUAGGGCAGCGACACGCCCUCCAGUUCAGGCACCCCAGCAGCAUCAGGGGAGAGACAGAGGCAACAGGCCUCAGGCGACGGGCAGAGUGUACGCCAUGUCAGGGGCGGAGGCAUCAGGCUCAGGUAACUUGGUUAUGGGUAGUUGUAUGAUAGCUGGUUCUUCUUGCUGUGUGUUAUAUGAUUCUGGAGCGACACACUCUUUUGUGUCUUUUGCUUGUGUGGAACGUCUGGGUUUGCCAGUAAGCGAGCUACAGUGCGAGCUCGCGGUGUCUACUCCGGCGUCAGGAUUGGUCACGACGUCGUCUUUGUGUGCUCGGUGUCCAGUAGAGGUAGAGGGACGCAGGUACAAGGUGAAUCUAAUCUGCUUGCCUUUGCAAGACUUGGAAGUGAUCUUAGGGAUGGAUUGGCUCUCUGCUAGUCGCGUCCUUAUAGACUGCCGGGAGAAGAGGUUGUUGUUUCCCGAUUCAGAGGAUCUCGAGUUAGUGUCCCCCCAGGGGGCGGUGAGGGAGAUUCAGAGUGGCGCGCAGUGCUUCAUAAUCUUCGCUCGUAUGGAGGUGGGAGAGAGAGAGACCAUCAGUCAUACCUGUGGUACAUGA